AAACAAGCUGUGAUCUUAUUGCGAAAUGCGAAGUUGUUACUUAAAUAAACAUACUUAUUUAAUAGCAAAAUUAUAAAACAUUGUGUCGCUCAAAUAUUAAUAUUAUAGUGAAGUGAAAAUGUUCGGUUCAAGUAAUAGUGUAGGGUUCGCUCUUUUUCCUUUAUCUCCAGCAUUUGCCACAGGUGUGCUUACGGCUAACUUAUUUACAAAUAUCACGACAAGCAUGGCCUCUACCACAAUGCAUUCGAUGCCAGUGCGUGUGAAUUUGCAGGCAGAGGGCAACAACGGUAGAAUGGCUGAGGUUGGAGUUUCUCAGGCGGUGCUGGUGGAACCAAAUAGUGACACUGGUCGCAAAUUACCACAAUACAUUGCUGCACUAUCAGCUACCCUUGGAGCCUUGGCCGCAGGUUCUAUGCUGGGGUGGUCAUCACCAGUCGUAUUGAAGAUAACUCAAGAUAACAGCACAGACUAUAACUUCUCAGUAUCGGAAUCCCAGGGAGAUUGGGUUUCAUCUUUAAUAAAUUUAGGAGCGGCGGCAGUAUGUUUCCCAAUUGGUCUCAUAAUGGACAUACUCGGCAGAAAGAAGACCAUGUUAUUCCUCACAAUACCAUUCACGAUCGGAUGGCUCCUGAUAACUUUUGCUUCUAACGUUGGAAUGCUUAUGACUGGAAGAUUUAUAACCGGUAUUGCUGGUGGAGCAUUUUGCGUCACAGCACCUGCGUACACGAGUGAAAUAGCCCAGGAUUCUAUACGAGGAACUUUGGGAAGCUUCUUCCAGUUGAUGGUAACAGUCGGUAUACUGUUCGCGUACGCUGUCGGUAGCUACACUAGCGUCUUCGUGUUUAACAUCCUCUGCACUUUGAUACCAAUUAUCUUCGCCGUUACGUUCUUCUUUAUGCCUGAGAGUCCGAACUUCUUGGUCGUCAAAGGCAGACACGACGACGCGAGAGACUCGUUGAUAAGACUCCGAGGGAGGAAUUACGAUGUGGACGGUGAAUUGACGAGUCUCCAGACUAAAGCCGAAGAGUCGAAGAAUAAUCCGAUUUCAUUCGGGUCCGCGAUUACAAAGAAGACCGCUUUGAAAGCUGUUAUGAUUUGCUACGCGCUGAUGUUGUUCCAACAGCUGUCUGGUAUUAACGCUGUGAUCUUCAACACGUCGAAGAUAUUCAAAAGCGCCGGCGCAGCUAUCGAACCGGCCAUCGCCACCAUCAUUAUCGGCGUCAUUCAGGUCGUUGCGACGUUCGCUUCAAGUGUCGUUGUCGAUAAAUUGGGAAGACGUAUUCUCCUUUUGUUCUCCGCUCUGGUGAUGUGCAUAUGUUCCACGGCUUUGGGCGUCUACUUCUUCCUGCAGGACACGCACGGCGCGGACUCUUCAAUAGUGACGGCCAUGUCUUGGUUGCCAUUAGUGUCAUUGUCGCUGUUCAUUAUCGCCUUCUCGGUAGGAUUCGGUCCCAUCCCAUGGAUGAUGGCCGGAGAGUUGUGUCUGAUCGAUAUCAAGUCUUUCGUCGGUUCGACGGCGGGUACCUUGAAUUGGUUGCUCAGUUUCACGGUGACCAGCACUUUCAACUCCUUGAAUAACUCGAUUGGCUCCGGUCAAGUGUUUUGGUUGUUCGCUGGAAUCAUGGUUGUCGGUUUUGUCUUCAUAUUCUUCAUAAUUCCCGAAACGAAGGGCAAGAGUGUCGACGAAAUUCAGUUAAUGUUGGGGGCGGAGCCGCAAACGGUUCACACUGAGGAAAAGAAAUAAGCUUUUUUAGAGACUGAAAUGUUUUAUAUUUUGUAGUCUAGUUGUCUCUGGUAACAUAGAAGUGCUUUAUUUCCCCACCAAAGAUCCCCUGGUUUCGAUUUCGUCGACACAUUAGCUCUAAGUCCUGAGAAAAUUAGUUUAAAAUCUAUUUAAUUUAAUUACGGACUGGCUAAAAUUAUCAUGGAAUUAACGAAUUUAGAACAUUUUCUUUAGUAGUUAGAUUAUGAUAAUGUAUUUUAGGGCAGCUAAUUUUAUAUAUUUGUUGAAUAAAUUUAUUUUAAAACGCAUGUGAAUGAAUAAAUGCUAGAAUACAUAGCGAUACAUAAAGGGGAUGAACGAUACAUGACAAGAAAUAUCCUAUGUUUCAUUCACACAAGUUAUGAUAUUAUGAAUUUAUUUAUUUUU